GGACCAACAUGUAUAGAUGUGCCGAAUAUUGGUGAACAAUGCUUCUGUAGUAAGCCAGGAUUGAAGGGAGAGGCGUUCAAUUGUACAGAUAUUGAUGAGUGUGUGAAUGUCUUACCUUAUCCAUGUGACCCGGUUGCCUCAUGUACGAAUACACCUGGCUCGUUCGAGUGUGGUACCUGUCCUAGUGGUUAUACAGGUGACGGGUUGGAGUGCGAGGAUAUCAAUGAAUGUAAUUCUACAUCCGGACCGUGUUUAGUGCUUGCAGAUUGCAUUAACAAUGAUGGCUCUUUUGAGUGUGUAUGUAAACCUGGCUAUACAGGAGAUGGUAUCGUAUCCUGUGAUGAUAUCGAUGAAUGUGAUGGAUUCAACACAUGUGAUAACAAUACAGUUUGUAAUAACACAGUUGGAUCCUAUGAAUGUGUUUGUGACGAUGUUUGUCAAGUACUAGAUGUUAAUGAAUGCGACAAAGGACUCGAUGAAUGUGACAUAAACGCUAAUUGCAAAAAUGAACCAGGCUGGUACACAUGCAGUUGUGUAAACGGGUACUAUGGGGAUGGGUUUACAUGUACGAACAUUAACGAGUGCCUCCAAGAACCGUUUCCUUGUGACCCAAAUGCCGACUGU